AUGGGUCGUGCUAAAAUAAAGAUGAAAUUCAUCGAAAAUCAAAAAGCUCGGAAAAUAGCAUUCAUUCAGAGGCAGAAAGGAUUAAUAAAAAAAGUAUCUGAAUUUUCUAGAAAGUUUGGAGUUGAAGCCUGUUUAGUUAUGUAUGAUGGCGAUGAUGGUAAUGUUAGACCGAUAAUUUGGCCACAAGACUCAACAAUUGUACACACAUUGCUUAAAAAGUAUGAGCAACAAAAGAUUGAGACGACUCCAAAGAAGUUUGAUAUGAGUGACUAUUUUGCGAAUAGGAAAAUUAUGGUUGAAGCUGAGAUUUUUAAAUUGCGCAAAAAGAUUGUGAUUAACAAGUAUCCAACAUGGAGUUCAUGUUUCCAUACUAUGGACGUAGAACAACUUAAAGACUUCGUUGGUAUUGUAGAUGUUAAGAUUCAAACUUGUAAUCACAAAAUCAACAUGCUGAAAAAUAUGCAACAAACUGAGAAAAAUAGUUUGAUGCAAAAUAAAACUCAAGAGAAUGUGGCCUCUUCACUCCCAAGUCAACUUGAUGUCACAAAUAGUAUUCCUCAAAUGCAACAUAUCUCUGAUGAUCCUAUGGUUUCAUCAACAAAUCAAAUUAAUGAACCUCCAAAGAUAGAUGAUAGGAUGGUUGAAUCUCAUCAAGAAUGGGCUAAUCAACUUGAUGAAUUUCUACAACUAGAUGAUCCGGUGGCUAAACCUGAGAAUCAGACUUCUGACCUUGCCAAUUUUGAAGAAUGGGCUAAUCAACUAAAUGGUGAUAUUGUGAAUUGGAAUAAUCAGCCUGAUUUGUAUGCAUGGCAAGAUAUUUCAUUUAUGCCAUAG